UACAACAGAAAAAUCAACGACAACUGUUAAAGAAAUCACCACAGAGACAACUCGGACAUCAGAACAAACAACAACUGAAUUUUCUGCAUCAGAUUACACGACUCCAAAUGAUAAACUAACAACAACUUUUAACCCUACGCAAACAGAAGAAUUAAGUACUAUAGAGUUCCAAACUUCAACUAAGGAUCCCGAAACAACCACAGAAAAUGUUUCAACAACAACAAGGCCAAGUGACUCAACAACAAUAAACCAUGAAACAACAAUUGAGACAACCGAUGAUUUGACAACUGUAUUUUAUGAUACUACAACAGGAUUUGUAGAUGUAACAACAGAUGAUCCUAAUAAAUCUACAAUGCUACCAGGUAUAUGCCCUGAAGGUUUCUUUGGGAAUAUACCACAUCCAGAACUAUGCAAUUCUUUCUACAUGUGUACCGGUGGUAUUGCUAUAAAAUUGUUUUGCAGCAAUGGUUUUGAAUUCGAUGAAAAACUUGCACAUUGUGUCCCAAUAAGUGAAAAUGGAUGUACUGCUUCAAAGGGACAACAGACAACAGAGUCUUACACUGAAGAUUAUACGAACACGUUGGCUACUAGUGAAAAUACCCUUUCAACUAAUUAUGAUAUCUUAACUACUCCCUCGGAUAUCGACACAGAGAUAUCUUCUUCUACUGUUUCUAAUGAACCAACCAGUACAAUCGAUGAGGAAAGUACAACUGACGCACUCCAAACGUCCACGGAAGAAACAACAAAAUUGACAGAACUUCCAAUAGUAUCAACUUCAGAGAAUACAUUUGAAACAACAGGCACAUUCAAAACAACCGAAGACUUCACUCAAUAUACGGAAUCAGAAACAACUUUAAAAAUAGAUUCAACAAUACAAGAUACUACAUCUAUAAAAUCUACAGUUUCCGAAGAAUCAAUAUCCACUCAGAAUACUGAUAAACCAUCAACUGAUUUCAAUGAUUUCACGACUACGAAAAUCCCCGUAGAAUUCAGUACUACUCCAGAUUUAUUAGAUGUAACAACAAUACCAGCAAGUGUAAAAACAGAUGGUACUUCAACAAUUUCGUCAACAGAUAUUACAAACGACUACGAAGUAACAACUGAACAAAAUGCGCUGUGUCCCGACGGAUUUUUUGGCAAUAUUCCACAUCCUGUGUAUUGCAACUCCUUCUAUUUAUGUACAGGAGGUAUCGCUGUGCAACUAUUUUGUCGUGAUGGGUAUGAAUACAACGAAAUCAUAGCUAACUGUGUUCCAAUUUCUGAAAAUGGAUGCACCGCUUCAAGAGGUACUACUACAAGUUUACAUACGGAAUCUACCCAGUAUACAAUAUCUGAUGAAACGAAAGUAACAGAAAAUGCACAAUCUACAGAGACAACAUAUGAAACUACGAGUGAAAUCAUUGAAACAACAUCAAACGAACAAGCUACAAAAUCUACAAGCAUUGUUACUGAUUCGGAACAAAAUGAAUUAACAACGAAAGAUUUUGGAACAACUAUGAGUGAAGUAAAAGAUACCACAGAAUAUAAAAAAACAACAUCAAAUGAAAUAACAUCAACAGUAGAGUCGAUUACUGAAACUACUCUGUUAACGAACGAACCGCAAACUACUUCUGAAAGAUAUACAACGGAAACAGAAAUUACAACGAUCCAAGAUACACAAACAACCAUAGAUAAUGGUCAAUCUACAACAAUGAAUUCGGAAGUAACAACUGAAUCUGCAACAACUAAACCGACCACUGUAGAUACAAGCACACUAUCAACUUCGGAGUUUGUAACAGAUAUAACUCAGUCGUCAGUUACGGAUCCGACAGAGGUCACAACAGUCACCACAUCUACAACACAAACGCCUAGUGUUUGUCCACCGGGUGUAUUUGGAAAUGUGCCACAUCCUACUCUAUGUGAUUCAUUUUAUUUAUGUACAGGCGGUAUCCCUAUACAAUUAUUCUGUAGUAGUGGAUUUGAAUUUAGUCCUGAAAUAGGUUCAUGCGUACCUAUUUCUGAAAACGGGUGCACAGCAUUAAGAGGAACAACAACGACUGAAAUUAAUACGGAAUAUGAAUCUACUACAUCGAAUUCAAACCAAGAUGUAACACAAACAUCUCAGUAUAGUGAGACAACUUCAGAAAGAGAUGAAACUGAAUACACAUCUAAGACAACUGACAUCACUAACGGUGAUAAAGAUAGUACCAAUCCGGUUACAAAAGACCCGCACACUACUUACAAAACAACUGAGGAUCAAACUACUACUGACAAAUAUUUAACAACGCAAGAUAAUUCUGAUAGUGACUCGACUGAUGACUUAACAAGUUCGUCUACAUCUUCUACUACUGAUGGAAUGACAACUGAAAGUGACUCAGGACAGACUGAGCAACACAUAUCUACUGUAGGAUUAGACACAACAGUGAGCCCUGAUUCAACAACAUCUGAAACUGUCACUGAGUCAACUGGUUCAUCAAUUUCACCUACUGAACUGUCUACUUCUGAUUCAACACUUGACAGUUCAUCGUCAAGUACAGUUAAUGCACAAACGACAACAAAUAAUGAUGUAACUCCUAAUGAAGAAACGACAUUCCAAACAGAAACUACAAGUGAAAACGAAUCAACAAUUAACCCCACACAGACUAUAGAUUAUAGUGACACGUCAACAGAAACUACAAAAUACGCGGAAGUAACAACAGAAAAGACUACAAUUGAAGAAGAGGAAACGACAACAAUCUUGUCACAAACUACAGAUGAAAGUCAAAUGUCUAGUGAAACAGGACUGUACACAACUCCAACAACUAGUAUCAGCUCUACAACAAACCAGAAUACUGAAACUACAACAGCGGCUCCAAUCUGUCCACCGGGAGUGUUCGGGAAUGUUCCCCAUCCUACUAUAUGCGAUUCAUUUUACUUCUGCACAGGAGGAGUCCCAAUACAACUAUUCUGUAGUUAUGGAUUCGAAUUCGAUCCUGACUUUGGGCACUGUGUUCCGGUUUCUGAUAGUGGGUGUACAGCAAUGAGAGGUACGACAACUAAUCUUAAUGACCACUCGACAACUAUCAAUGACGAAUAUACUCAAUCCACAACGCAAAUUAGUUCAAGUAGCCCUGAAGGGAUUGCAAGUACUACAUCCAAUACUGAAUUUACGAGUGAAGCGUAUGAAUCGAAACCUACUACUGAACAAAGCAUUACUUCAGAAGGAGGUACAUCAGUGAAUACUGAUUCGACAGUAUCUAAUAUUGUGACAACUGAUAUCUUGCAAUCAAGUACAAUCAGUUUACAAACAACAAAUAACGAAGUAACUCCUAAUGAAGAAACGACAUUCCAAACAGAGACUACAAGAGAUGAUUCAACAACAAAACUCUCUACUACAGACGACUCUGAGUCAUCAGCAGAGACUACCAAACACUCAGAAGCACCAACAGAAGAGACUACAAUUGUAGAAGAGGAAUCAACGACAAACUUCUCACAAUCUACAGAUGAUAAUCAAAUAUCUAGUGAAACAGGACUGUAUACGACUCCAACAACUAGUAUCGGCUCUACAACAGUCCAGAAUACUGAAACUACAACAGCAGCUCCAAUCUGUCCACCGGGAGUGUUCGGAAACGUUCCUCAUCCAACUCUCUGUAAUUCAUUUUACUUCUGCACAGGAGGAGUUCCUAUACAACUAUUCUGUAGCAAUGGAUUUGAAUUCGACCCUGAGUUGGGACACUGCGUUCCACUUUCCGAUAGUGGGUGCACAGCAAUGAGAGGUACGACAACUAAUUUUAAUGACCAAUCAACAACUAUUAAUGUAGAUUCUACUCAAUCUACAACAGAAACUAGUUCUGUCAACACUGAGGGAAUUUUGAGUACAUCAAGCAUUGAAUUAACAACUAAAAAUGAAGAACCAACUACUGAACAAAGUAGUAAUUCAGAAGACGCAGUAAUUACAGAUUCGACAAUAUCUGAUUUUGUUACCGAACCAUCUUUAACAACUUCUACAGCGUCUUCCAAUUCUGAUUUUGUGACAACUGACAGCUUGCAAACCAGUACGAUCAUUUUGGAAACAACAAAUACCGAUUUAACUCCAAAUGAAGAGACGACAAUUCAAACACAGACUACAACUGAAGAUAAGUCGACAAACCAGAUUACAGACGACAGUGGAAUAUCAACAGAGGCAACAAAACCCACAGAUACAUCUACAACAUUUACAACAGAUGGAAUAUAUUCUACAACAAUUGCUGGAAGUACGGAAACUACAUCGGAGGCUCCAAUCUGUCCUCCAGGAGUGUUCGGAAAUAUACCGCAUCCAACACUUUGUGAUUCAUUUUAUUUAUGCGCGGGCGGAGUUCCGAUUCAACUGUUUUGUAGCUAUGGAUUCGAAUUCGACGCUGCCGUUGGUCACUGUGUACCAGUUACUGACAGUGGUUGUACAGCAAAGAGAGCUACAACAACUAGUAUUAAUGGCGAGUCGACAACCGUAAACGAAGAUUACACAAAGUUUACAACUGUAAAUGACGAUGCGAUGUCUACUACAUUAAGUUCUGGAAUAACAACCGUAUCAGAUGACUUAGCACAAACUACUCAGCAAAAUGUUACCACUUCAGAUAGCGAGACAUCAGUAGACUCUGAUUACACAAUAUCUGAAGUAACUACUAUUAAAGACACAACGGAUGUAUUAUCAUCAACUACACUACAACCAACUACAUCUAGUGAAGUCUCAACAACAGAUAAUUCACUCAAUACAGAAGACAAAACAACAUCUACAGAUAACACACAAUCUGUAGAUACAACUACAGAUGUAUCUUCAACUUCUGAUGAUAAAUUCAGCUCUGAAGGGCAAACUAUUACCUCCGAAGAGGUUCGAACUACAAUAAGGAUAACUGAAACAACACCGGCUCCAAUCUGUCCACCGGGAGUGUUCGGGAAUAUUCCGCAUCCGACUCUCUGUCAUUCAUUUUACUUCUGCACAGGAGGAAUUCCUAUACAACUAUUUUGUAGUAACGGAUUUGAAUUCGAUCCUACCUUUGCUCAAUGCGUAGUAAUUUCUGAUAGUGGCUGCACAGCAAUGAGAGGUUUGACAACGACUAGUUCUUAUGACGAAUUGACGACCAUAGAUAAUGAAUAUAGUGUAUCUACUAUUGAAACUAGUGCGACAAACGCAGAGGCAACACCGAGCCCCGGUUUCACCUCCGAAGUCGAUAUCGAUCAAACGACUAAGCAAGGUUCGGAAGGAGAAACAAUAGUUAAUGAUGCCACAACAUCAGAAAUUGUCACGAAACCAUCAGGUUCACUAACAUCUACGGCAUCCUCGUCUAAUGAUGUAACGAUAGAUGAUAGUUUACAAUCAACUACAGUUAUUUUACAAACGACUACAAAUAACGAUGUAUCUGAAGAUACAACGUUACAACCAAAGACUACAAACAGAGAAGAAGAAUCAACAACAAUUGUCACACAAACACGGGAUGAUGGUGGAUCAACAGAAACUCCUAAUGGUAUAUCUACAACUGAAACUUCACAAUCAACUACAGUAAAUUUACAAACAACAACAAAUGACGAAAUAACUCCUAAUGAAACUACAUUCCAAACAGAGACGAGUAGAGAAGUAUCAACAACGAUCGACACACAGACAACAGGCGAUGGUGAUACAUCAGCAGAGACUGAUGAUAGCUCACAACCGAGUACAGUUAAUUUACCAACGACAACAAUCAGUGAUACCCCUAAUGAAACAACAUUCCAAACAAAGACUACAGGUGAAGUUAAUGAGUUAACGACUAACUCCCAGACUACCGACGAUAGUGAAACGUCAGAGACAACAAAAUUUACAGAUACAGAUGUGCACACAACUCCUACAAACGAAAUCAGCUCUACGGUUAGGAGUACUGAAACCACAUCUGAGGCUCCAAUCUGUCCUCCGGGAGUGUUUGGGAAUAUUCCCCAUCCAACUCUAUGUGAUUCAUUUUACUUAUGCGCGGGCGGAGUUCCAAUACAACUGUUCUGUAGUAAUGGAUUCGAAUUUGAUCCUGGAUUUGCACAUUGCGUUCCGAUUUCCGACAGUGGCUGCACAGCAUCAAGAGGUUCCACCACAACUUUUAAGUACGAUUCGACUACUGCCGAAGAAGUGUCUAAACCCGAUGCGAGUUCAACAACUGAUAUAGUUGAUUUAGAUCAAACUACCAAGCUACUAAAUACAAAUCCAGAAGACAUCAUCAUACAAACAGAUACUACGAAUUUUGAGACAUCAGCGACUUCUGAUUAUACGAAUUCAGAAAGUAGUUCAGAAGACAUCCAAAAAUCAACUGAGAAUCUACUAACCACGAUCGUUAAUUCUCAAACUGAUGCAAUAGACACAACAAAACAAUCUGAAUCAACAAAUUCCCCAACGACACCUCACAAUGUUGGAACAGUUGAUAUCACAGCUAUUGAAGAAACAACAUUAAACGUCUUGUCUACAUCUCAAGCUGUGACUACUAGUGAAGACGAAUCUACAACAGACAAUUCUCCGACCUCAGAAAAUAGUCAAACGGAUUCUCAAGUCACAGACACGUCUUCAGAAACUGAAUAUUCUACUAAUGGAUUAACCUCAGAAGAUCUAAACGCUACUGAAGAGGUUCAUACAACAGUAGGUGUAGAAACAACAACACAAGCUGUUAUCUGUCCACCAGGUGCGUUCGGGAAUGUUCCGCACCCAACUCAAUGCGAUGCUUUCUACUUGUGUACAGGCGGUCUUCCUAUAAAAUUGUAUUGUAGUAACGGAUUCGAAUUUGAUGUUGCUGUCGGUAAUUGUGUCCCGAUAUCUGAUAGCGGAUGCACUGCAAUGAAAGGGUCAUCUACAACCAGUUCAACGAGUGUUUCUUCUGAGCAAGAUUUAACAACAAACCGAGAAGAAACAUCUACUAAUAAAGACGUUACAACAGAAGCAACAGAAUUAUUUACAGAAACAACAUUAACUAGUUUUAUAAUUUCCGAACAAACUACAAUUAAAAUUCCAACGACUGAAGAUGAUAAAACCACAAAAGAAAUAAAUCCUUCAACAAAAGAAGUAACGGAAUUAGAUACUACAAUAGUUAAUACAACCCCUGCUAAUUCUGAAGAAAAUUCUUCAGAACAAACGUCCAGUGAUUCAGAAAUCGAUAGAAUAACAACUGAAAAUAGCGAAACAACACAAAGGAUAGAUGCAACAACUGUUGCGCCAAUUUGUCCUCCGGGUAAAUUUGGAAAUGCACCACAUCCAGAACAAUGUGAUUCAUUCUACAUGUGCGCUGGCGGGAUUGCAAUCCAACUCUACUGUAGUACAGGAUUUGAAUUCGACAAACAUGUGGAGCAAUGUGUGCCAAUAUCAGAUAACGGUUGUACGGCUCUAAAAGCGGGAACUACACCCGUGUCCGAGGAUAAAUCAGAAAAAUAUCCAACAACUAUACAAGAUACAACAUCUAGCGGAUUCGAAACAACAAAACCAAAACUAACUACGAAAGACAUAGAUGAAAGUCUAGAUAUAUCUACAACUGGGAGUACUGUAAAAUUAGAAACGACGACAGAAGCGGUGAUAUGUCCGCCAGGUUACUUCGGCAAUGUACCGCAUCCGACGCAAUGCAAUUCAUUCUACAUGUGUACUGGAGGUUUCCCAUUACAUCUGUAUUGUAGUGCCGGCUUCGAAUUUGAUCCCAAUGCUUCACAAUGUGUCGCAAUAUCUGACUACGGAUGUACAGCAAAGGGACAAUAAAAUACAUAUGUAUGAAAAGUGGACAACAGUAUUAAAACAAAGGCUGUGUUUUAUUUAUUUUAUUAUAUCCGCCUGCUUUAUAUUUUAUACAAUGAGGCUAAAAGCCUUCUGGACACGGGAAAAGUGACGAAAUGCAAGUAGAAUUGUAAACGCAUUGGGAGUCGCUAAACAAUAAAGACCGUACCGA